CGAGGGAGGUUGGGUAGAGAGAGCUCUGCUGGUUGAGAAGAGCUGAAGAGCGCCACUUCAGUGGUUUUCACUGRAGGAAAAAAGAGACAGAAAGAAAAAGAGGAAAAGAAAGUGAGUGAGUGGUUGGAUUGGUGGUAGAGGAUGAGCGAGGACUCUCAGUCCCACUACCGGAUGGAGGCUGGGGAUAGGCUCAACGGGCUUGGCCAGAGGAGGAAGAGACCCAAAAAGUCGGACAGCAACACCAGCUUCCUGCGAGCGGCGAGGGCGGGGAACAUCGACAAGGUUCAGGAGUACCUGAAGGGUGGAGUGAACAUCAGCACCUGCAAUCAGAAUGGACUCAACGCGUUGCACCUGGCAGCUAAGGAGGGCCAUGUGGAGCUGGUCCAGGAGCUGCUGGAGAGAGGCUCGGCUGUGGACUCGUCCACCAAGAAAGGGAACACAGCCCUCCACAUUGCCUCUCUGGCCGGACAGGCAGACGUAGUGAAGAUGCUGGUGAAGCAGGGAGCAGAAAUUAACUCUCAGUCUCAAAAUGGCUUCACUCUCUGUAACAUGGCUGCUCAGGAGAACCAUAUAGAUGUGGUACGUUACCUUCUGGAGAACGGAGUUAACCAGAGCACCGCCACAGAGGUGAGGACGGAGCCAGGCCACAACCAGGUGGUGUCCGUCCUGCUGGAGAAUGACACCAAGGGCAAGGUGGCGGCUGCCGCCCUGCAUGCCGCCCGCAAGGACGACACCAAGUCAGCAGCGCUGCUCCUCCAGACGACCACAACGCCGGACGUCCAGUCCAAGAUGAUGGUCAAUAGGACUACGGAGAGUGGAUUCACGCCACUGCAUAUCGCUGCCCACUAUGGAAACGUGAACGUGUCCACAUUACUGCUGAACCGUGGGGCGGCUGUGGACUUCACAGCCAGGAAUGGGAUCACUCCCCUCCACGUGGCCUCCAAGCGUGGUAACACUAACAUGGUGCGCCUCCUACUGGACAGGGGGUCUCAGAUCGACGCUAAGACUAGGGACGGCCUCACACCUCUACACUGUGCAGCCAGGAGUGGACAUGACCAAGCAGUGGAGCUAUUGCUGGAGAGAGGAGCACCUAGCUGGCUAGGCCAAAACGGUCUGUCUCCUCUCCACAUGUCGUCUCAGGGUGACCACGUUGAGUGUGUCAAGCACCUGCUGCAGCACAAGGCGCCUGUUGAUGAUGUCACACUGGACUACCUGACGCUGCACGUCGCCGCCCACUGCGGUCACUACAGAGUCACCAAGCUGCUGCUGGACAAAGAGGGCCAACCCAACGCUCGAGCGCUGAAUGGUUUCACCCCGCUACACAUCGUGAAGAAGAACCGAGUGAAGGUGAUGGAGCUGCUGGUCAAGUAUGGAGCAUCUAUCCAGGCCAUUGACAGAGGUACGAGACUGUGGUCAUCUGGCCUGACUCCCGUUCACGUAGCAGCCUUCAUGGGUCACCUCAACAUCGUCCUGCUGCUGCUACAGAACGGAGCCUCGCCUGACAUUAGCAACAUUCGUGGGGAGACUGCUCUACACAUGGCAUCCAGGGCAGGACAAGUGGAGGUGGUGCGCUGUCUGCUGAGGAACGGAGCCAUGGUGGACGCUAGAGCCAGGGAGGACCAGACACCCCUCCACAUCGCGUCUCGUCUGGGGAAGACUGAGAUAGUCCAGUUGCUACUGCAGCAUAUGGCCCACCCUGACGCCUCCACUACUAACGGAUACACACCUCUCCACAUCUCAGCCAGGGAGGGACAGCUGGACGUGGCUUCAGUACUGCUGGAGGCAGGCGCCUCACACUCGCUGGCUACUAAGAAAGGAUUCACUCCCCUGCAUGUGGCAUCCAAGUACGGAAGCCUGGAUGUGGUCAAACUUCUCCUGAAAAAAACAGCUCCCCCUGAUUCUGCUGGGAAGAAUGGCCUCACACCUCUCCAUGUCGCAGCACAUUAUGAUCACCAGAAGGUGGCGCUCCUGCUUUUGGACAAAGGGGCCUCCCCCCACACCACCAGAGAGAUAAUUACCAUAACAUAUUGUAACAUAUUGUCCCUUCAGAGUGGCCUCACCUCCCUCCAUCUUGCUGCCCAGGAGGACAAGGUGGUUGUCAGUGAGAUACUGGCUACACAUGGAGCCAACCUGGACCAGCAAACUAAGUUGGGCUACACUCCACUGAUUGUAGCGUGUCACUAUGGAAACGCCAAGAUGGUCAACUUCCUCUUACAGAACGGWGCUAGCGUCAACGCCAAGACCAAGAAUGGGUACACUCCCCUCCACCAAGCAGCACAGCAAGGAAACACACACAUCAUCAAUCUACUGCUGCAGAAUGGAGCUAAGCCCAACAACAUCACUGUGAAUGGUAACACAGCUCUGGCCAUCGCCCGGCGACUUGGCUACAUCUCGGUGGUAGACACACUCAAGGUUGUCACCGAGGAGAUCAUUACCUCGACAACCACGGUGACAGAGAAACACAAGAUGAACGUUCCUGAGACCAUGACUGAAGUCCUGGAUGUCUCUGAUGAGGAGGGUGAUGACACUAUGACAGGGGACGGAGGGGAGUAUCUGAGGGCAGAGGACCUGAGGGAGCUGGGGGAUGACUCCCUGCCUGGACAGUACCUGGAUGGGAUGAACUACCUGCGCUUUAGCCUGGAGGGCGGACGCUCUGACAGUUUGGACAGGUCCUACACUCCCAGUCACCACGGUUACUACUCUCCCAAACAGGACAGCCUGAUGGACGAGAUGUUAACCGGCCAAAACGUGUCGUCUCUUGCCAGGGAAAAUGAGAAGGACUCGUACCGUCUGAGCUGGGGCACAGAAACUGGAAAUGUGGCACUGUCUUCCAGCCCCGUCCACUCUGGCUUCCUGGUUAGCUUCAUGGUUGACGCCAGGGGCGGAGCCAUGCGGGGUUGCCGCCACAACGGCCUGCGCAUCAUCAUCCCACCGCGGAAGUGCAGCGCUCCCACGCGGGUGACCUGCCGGCUGGUAAAGAGGCACCGCCUGGCCACCAUGCCUCCCAUGGUGGAGGGAGAGGGCCUGGCCAGCAGGCUGAUCGAGGUGGGGCCUGUCGGAGCCCAGUUCCUCGGUAAACUGCACCUUCCCACUGCCCCACCCCCUCUUAACGAGGGUGAGAGCCUCGUUAGCCGCAUCCUGCAGCUCGGGCCACCCGGGACAAAAUUCCUCGGUUUUGAUGUCUUCACUACUAUUCUWCAAUGUGGAACGACACCAGCCCAAUGGGAGGACAUUACAGGAACCACGCCCCUAACGUUCAUCAAUGACUGUGUCUCCUUCACGACCAACGUGUCGGCCAGGUUCUGGYUGAUAGACUGUCGGCAGGCGCAGGAGUCGGUCAGUUUCUCCACUUCAGUCUACAGGGAGACCAUCUGYGUCCCCUACAUGGCCAAGUUCGUUAUCUUCGCAAAGACCCACAACCCCAUAGAGGCGCGGCUCCGCUGCUUCUGCAUGACGGACGACAAGAUGGACAAAACCUUGGAACAGCAGGAGAACUUCACUGAGGUGGCCAGAAGCGAGACCGUCGAGGUCCUAGAGGGUAAACCCAUUUAUGCAGACUGCUUCGGCAACCGCCCUCUCACCAAGAGUGGCCAGCACCACCUCUUCAGCUUCUUUGCUUUCAAAGAGAACAGGCUGGCACUCUUUAUCAAGGUUAACGUUACAACUCAGGAUCCGUGUGGCCGUCUGUCCUUUAUGAAAGAACCCAGGUCUUAUAGAAGUCUGGCCCACAACGCUAUAUGCAACCUGAACAUCACACUACCAUACUACUCAAAGGAAUCUGAUUCCGACCAAGAGGCUGAGGAAGAGGUAACAUUGACGCUCGAGAAAUAUGACGAAGACACUACGUCGACGACAGUCCAGAAAAGAGAUCCGGACCUUCUCUCCGAUGUGUCUGAGCUGAAACAAGACCUGAUCAAAAUGUCAGCCAUCCUAACCACGGAUUCCACUGACAAAUCCAGUUCUCUGGAAGUGAGCGGUCUGGAGAAAGGGGCUGAGGAGGUUCAGGGCGAGCCGUUUGAAAUCAUGGAGAAGGUCAAAGAGGAUUUGGAGAAAGUGGGCAAGAUACUCAGGAGUGGAACAUUGGAGGGUGAGGUAGCAGAGGGGGCAGCAAUAGCAGCCAGAAUGAAUGAAGAGUGGAUCCUCCUCUCAGACUGUGAUAUAGAGGAGGCCAAAAAGAUGUCUGCCUUAGAACCCCAGGAACCUAUUCUACAUGAAGUCAGAGUCAACAGAGGGAUUCCCAGACCUAAAGCCAUCAAAGACGUGUCUGGCAUGAUCACACACCUGACUGGUGAACUCAAAGAAUAUCUCCUGGAUGUACCUGAGGGCUCCAGUGCAGCAGCUCAGGAGGAUGUGGUCCAAGAGAAAUUCACAGAGGUUGUCCUGCGCAAAGGCAUGAAAAGAACCACAACGACAAUAAUAACAACAGCUACAAUCAAAACUCCUGCUGUUGAACUCAAAAAGCCAGCCAGGAGGAAAGGAAAAGACCAGGAACAGGCGGAGGAAUAUACCUAUGGGGAUGCUCGCCUAAGUGCACCCACAGACCCUAAACCAGUGUCACCUGUGUCCCCAGUAGUUGAGGAGACCCCCAUUGGGUCCAUAAAAGACAAAGUCAAAGCCCUUCAGCAGAAAGUGGAGGCAGAGCAGAAGGGUCAAAAGCCAACUAGCACCAAACCCUCAAAGGUUGCUGUGGAGAGCAAAAUCCCUCAAAGGACCGAAGAAACGACCCUUAAAUUGAAACAGAGCCCCUCAAAACAGGACACCGCUAAACAGGGCCCCCCUAAGUCCCCCAAAACUGAGUCUGAGAAGCUGCAGGAGACUAUGUCAGUAAGGGAGCUCAUGCGAUCCUUCCAAAAGGGGCAGGACCCCUCAAAGAGAAAGUCUGGACUUUUCGAGCUCAAAACCCACACCUCUACAGAGCAUGAAACAACAGAAUCAGAAUUACAGCCSAAACAGUCAAAAUCCACUAUCAAAGCCACCACAAUCCGUUACGAACGGGAAGUAUCACUGGACGCCAUUCCUGGCGAGCACCACAGAGAGAAAGAUGAGCAAAUUAGCCCACACAGAAAGCACUCCAAAGACUUUGGUGCUGAAAUUAAAGCAGAGCUUGAGGACAAUCCAGAGUACCAACAGUUUAAGCAGACCUCUGUAGAGGGUAGUCCUGCUGCCCAGCCAGACCUAACUGAAACCGUAGAGUUUCUGAAUAUUUCCCUCUAUGAUAGCUCUGAUAGUUUGAAACAUGAGGGCGUGGCAGACUCUCCCAGUGCAAGCCUGGGUGAUGGUAGUCCUCCUCACCUUAGCUCAGAGGAUAGCCUCAAACACGAGGGCUUAGCCACCCCUGGAACAAGCCCUGACAGUCUCUCCCUCUCUCCCAAAAACGCUGACCAGUCCACUAAAAACUCAACAGCUGCUACUAUAGCUGUCAAAGGUGACAAUAAAACCAAGGACAAGUCUGGAGACUCCGGUGUGGGGACCAUUGAUGACCAGCCAUUAACGGAAAUGACCCUCCCUGUCUCUCCCAGUGAGGCUGCAGACGACCGCACCACGAGUGAGUCCAUAUCUUUUCAGACGGGCGAGUCUAAGCCAUCUAAACCGAGAAAGCUUACAAAGAGAGUUUCAGAGACUUUAGAGAGCUUCAUUAGUGAUGAGGAGAGCGCUGAUGACAAGCUAGCAUCAGCUUUAGCUACGACCCUUGCUUCUAGUGCCUCUACUCARCGUCAAGGAAGCUUAGAAUUGCCAUUAAAAGACCCAGAUACCCUCAGUCCCUUAGCCGACGAAUCUUUGACCAUAAGCCACAGAGACUCUCUAGACGAGGAUAGUCCCCUCAUGGAAGACGACUCCUCCCAUAGGACCCCAGACUCCAUCGAGCCCAGCCCAACAAAGGAAUCCCCCUGUUGUGACUCCUUAGAAAGCAGCCCUGUAGAGCAGAAAACAUUCCCUCCCGUUCUAGAUCAGCCCAGUGGGUCCUCUAGACACCCAGAGCCCUCCAAAGCCUCAGACUUCCCCCCAGACGCGUUGCGUAGUAGGCUACUCAGGGACCAGGAGGCUAGUGCCAACGAUGAUGACAGUAUCGAGCAGACUUCGUCCCAGAUGGAAAGUUCUGGUAAGAGUCCCCUCUCCCCCGACACCCCUAGUUCUGAAGAGGUAAGUUAUGAGGUAAACCCCAAAACCCCCGACCACAUGUACCUAUCUGUGGUGUCCAUACCAGCUUUCAUCCCCGAAUACUCAGAGGAAGAGGAUGAUGAGGCAGAAGCACAGAGGAAAUUCAUCCCAGAGGAUGAGAUGUUUAAAAUGUCAGCCAAAAAAAAWACAUUUGAGGAAGUGGACCAGGACACCAGAGCCAAAAAGAACUCUAGAAAAUAUAUCAUUGCCUUAGCGGGUGACGAAGCAGGGGAUGAYAGCUUCAAAACAGUUGAACUAGAGUCCGCAAAUGAGAGUGGGYUCAAUAGGGCCAAGGAGACCUCAGAGUUAGCUCUUUCUGUUGAAUCCCUUAUUAAAGUACAACCUCCCUCUCCUUUUCCAGCAGGUGUGCAUGAAGGAAUCSACCACACAGAAGCCAAGAGCACAGCUACAAUGGUAGCAGUGGAGGGACCUCAAUCUGUCUCAGAGCAGCAUGUCCCACAAUCAGUUCAGUCACGCGAAGACAUGGAUGACACGGAAGACAGUUUAGCUAAAACGGUUACCGUGUCUUCCAGCUCUGAGGGGGCUGCAAACAUAACCGAUGAGCARAAGGAGGAAAGCUUGAGGAAAUCAAGGGAAAGCCAGGAGGAUGAUGGGGGAGGGAAAGAAUCAGAUGCAGGCAGUCUGCAGACAGCUGCUGUAAAAGCUCCCUGUCAAAUAGAGAGUAAUAUAACUGACGAAGUGAAAGGAGAUCACAGGAGACACUCAGGAGCCCCUGAGGUAGAAACGUCCUCCACUGCUGUCAUUGGACAAGUGAGGGAAACAUUCAAACCUGAGAUCUGUAUCUACGAUGACACAGAGGAAGACGAUGAGGAAGAGGAACCUCCCAGAACCGAGUCAAAGGGUGUAACCGCCAGAGCGGAGGCAGACCCUUGGAGUGCCAUGCGCGAAGACGAUGAUGCUUUUGCGGCCCGCGUCAAAGAGGAAGAGCAGAAGAUCUUGGGUCUGAUUGUAGACCGGCAGUCCCAGGGGGCAACCCCGGACACCACCCCAGGAAGGAGCCCCACGGAAGAAAGCACGCCAACCAGCGAGCCCAAUCCAUUCCUCUUCCAAGAGGGGAAGCUCUUUGAGAUGACUCGGAGCGGAGCUAUUGACAUGACCAAACGGAGCUAUGAGGACGAGGGCUUUGCCUUCUUCCAGAUAGGCGAGCAGCCCCUAGAGGAGGCGCUAGCUGAACAGGUCAGAGAUGAGCCAGGAGAUAGAGGAGUCCAAACAGAAAGUGAAGUCGGACUCAACCUGACCCUGCAAAUAAAAGUGGAGGAAGACGAGGAACAGGCGAAAGAUGCUUCAGAUUCCACACACCGUGCCUCGACAGAGGAAGAUCCGAAAGGUAGUGAAGCUGCAGCAGCCACCCCCUCAAAAUCAGAUGCUUCUAAGUCUAGAAUCCCUAAAAUGGGUCUUUCUGCCUCAGCUAAGACCACUAAGAAGGACAAAGACCCAGUAUCACCAGUGUCUCCUGAAACUUUAGAGGUGAAACCAGACAUAAUUGUAGAGGAGACCCCCCUAGAGGUAGAAACUAGUUCCCUCAAUCCAAUGAUAACAGAUGUUGAGACAGCAGUAACCACUGUCACUCGAUCAGUGUACCCAGAACAGGACCAAGAGUCCUCUGACUCCUCUCCAGAGGAGCAGCAUUCGGUCAUAGAACUCCCCCAAACCACAGAAAAGACCAAAACCCCAACUUCUACUGAAAAAGUUCCAAAGAUCCCAACUAAACCCCCAGCCAAGGCUGGCCCCCAAAGUCAGGUUAAAACUGCUUCCUCCUUUACAUCCCCUGCAUCCCCCUCUUCAGCUAGUCCUAAAAAAGAGUCUCCCGCUUUAGAGUCCAAAUCGAGAAUACCUGUCAAGGGCAAGGCUAGCCCUGUCAAGUCUGAGCCAUCAGUUAAACGUACUGAGUCAUCCCAGGACACAAAGCUCAAGGUCCCAGUAAAAAAGGACUUGAGGAGAAAGUCUGAGACAGAUACAGGUCCCUCUGCUGUACCCAAAACCAAGACGCCGUCUUCCAAAGCAAAGAGCUUCUGUGAGGCAGACAAGUCAUCAUCUAAAAAGGACCUGGGUCGUCCCAUGAGCGAAGACUACUCCAUCAAGCCAAAGUCAGGCUUUGGUUUCCAAUCUAGGCUGCCAGUUAGAGGCAAGCUUGGUCAGACAUCUCACACUUCCACCCCCGCCAAAGACAAAAGCGAGCCGCGCAAGAAAUCUAUAGAGUUUGUCGAUAAGAUUAGCGACGAAGUUGCAAAGCAAGUUGAGAGAUUUCCUCAGGACGAGAAAAACAAAGAGCAGAAGGCUGCUGUCUCGGAUGACGAGAGCAGCGGCAUAGACCCCUCUGUCAUAGAGAGGGAGACUUUUCCCGAAAUACAGUUCCCUGCUUCCGGAGAUGUCUAUCCCAUUAGACCCCUGUGGGAUGACCCUGUUGACACGCAGAUGCAACGAAUUCCCGACGAUACAGUCAGAAGUCAAGGUACCCCCCCUUGUGACUUUUCCUGUCCAUCCUUGCGCGGCCUAUCCUCUCACGGCUCUCCUGCUGUUGUGGUGGCAUUUACAGUAGAUKCCCAGGAUGAAGCCGAGARGARAGAGGAACGGUUGGAAAUAACAGCAGACCACCUGGGCUUCAGUUGGACGGAGCUGGCUCGAGAACUGGAGUUCAGUGAGGAGAAGGUCAAUCUAAUAAGGCUUGAGAAUCCCAAUUCACUACAGGACCAAAGCCACGCCCUGCUGAAGCUCUGGACUGACAGGGAGGGUAAAAAUGUCACAGAAACAUCACUGAUCAAAAGACUAACCAAAAUCAACAGAAUGGACAUUGUCCACCUCAUCGAAAYCAAGAUGGUCAAGUCCACCCAGGAGGACACAUCACACACCUAUGCAGAGAUUGAGAGGACCAUUGCAUUGGAUCACAGUGAAGGUUUCUCUGCCCUCCAUGAGGACGUAGACAGUCCCCGGCCAGGCAGGCGUACAGACAGCACCCCCAGUGGGCCAGGGUCCAGGCAGGGGCCCCUCGUGGUGUCAGAGGAGGACCUCUCCUCCAGCAUGUCGUCACAUCACGAGACUUCAGGGCGGGUGGAGACAGACGAAUCAGUAACAGGGCUCCUGAGACACGUCCAGAAGGAGAAGCUGCAGAAAGAGAUGGAUUCGACACAUUCUGUGGGCGGUACAUCASAKAKUGGAYCRGAGAAGGCUGAGUCACUACAYAUGGGCACUUUYAAACAAGUAAGUCCCUUCUUCACCUUGUACCGCACCUCCCCCUACCAGCUCACCUCUCACGUCCUAGAUCCUGUCUACAAAGGGCCCACCCCUCCCCCCUCGCCCUCUCUAUCUGUCAAGCAUUCUGAGNCCUUCUUCACCUUGUACCGCACCUCCCCCUACCAGCUCACCUCUCACGUCCUAGAUCCUGUCUACAAAGGGCCCACCCCUCCCCCCUCGCCCUCUCUAUCUGUCAAGCAUUCUGAGGAGGGGGCACAGGGAGGUGCAGAGUGGGGUGAGUGGUCAACUCAGCCCCCCCAGGCUGAAAGCAACAACAAAUGGUUGUUGUCACCAACGAGUCACCAACAGUCGCCCACAAGAAGUCGUAAGCGUGGCUGUGAGAGCCGUCCGUUGUCCAUGACCGACUUCGAGGACAGUCUGACUGAAUGUGACCAGGCCGAGCCAGACUUCAGUGAGCUGUCCGUGGAGCUAAAGCAAACCUCAGAGGACUACACUUCCCUCUCCACCACCUCUGUCACUAUGACAACUGAACGGGUCACAGAGAACAUCAGUAUUACAGCCAAGCCUAUAAAUGUACCACAGUCUACUCCGCUGCCUCAGUCUUCUGAGGUCGUACCCAAAGAGACACAUAAGAUAUUCUCAAAGGAUCAUAUUGACGAGGUGUCACACCGACUUUACAAAGUCCUGUUUGGGUAUGUAGAGAAGUCAACUAGUAAAGGAUCCAGGAAAACACCAAUGGAAUUGGAUGAAGUAGCGGGUACUUACAGAGCCAGCCCGGUUUAUGCAGAGGAUUCCCCUACCUCCAUACCUUUGAUUGAUGUAGACCAGGCUGAGCUUUACGUCAAACCUGUAGAUAUCAGUCCCUUGACCCCAGAGUCUAUCACCUUUGAAGUGGUUUCGCCAGUCUUCAGUGACUCUCUGUCAGAUAAGAGUCAGGUCACAACGACCACCCUGAUAGGUCUUGAGUCCGCUUCCAAGUCUGUUACACCUGGAUCCGCAGAAGCCUUUGAAUUCUCCCCAGACUUUAAGCGAGUGCUCAAUGAAUUUGAGAAAUCACUCUCUGCAUUUGGACCAGAUAUCCAAUCAGAUUCCGCCCAAGAAGACUCAGACCUGGAGUUCUUUGACUGCAACGAUGACUUGUCAGACUUCUUAGAGCCAGAGGAUCUGGAGCCAGAGGAACCUGAAGUCCUCUACCACAUCGAAGAGCCACCUUCCCCAACCCCCUUCGGCAGCACACCGGAAACAGGCUUCCUCAAAGGGAGCCCUUUAUACAGCGCACAGUUCCUACGUGUGGAUGACCAAAAGCGCUUCUCAUCGGUAUUAUGCUCACAUUGGCUGUGUGCUGUCUCUCAGGAGAUAAAUGAGGAGCUAGGGUUGCUGUCAUCGGAUAACUCAGAGGAAGAGGUGUUAACCUCCAGGGUGGUCCGACGCAGAGUUAUCAUCCAGGCGGAUGACCUGYCAGACAUCCCUCCCCAGACAGUCACAGAAGAACAGUACAUGGAUGAGCAAGGAAACAUGGUAGUCAAGAAGAUCACACGGAAGGUGAUCCGUAAGUACUUCUCUCCAGACGGUGUGGAGAGAGAGGAGGUGACGGUGCAGGGAUCUCAGCAGGAGAUGGUCAGCGUGGAGGAGGGAGAUGCCUUCUCCAAGGUGGUGAAGAGGACAGUGGUCCGGAGUGAGGGAGAUCAGACUGAGUUGACCUUCUCGGAGCCCCUUGCCCUGGGGGCCACCACGGCCUCGGAGAUCGAGUCAGAGCAGGCGCAGGGUCGAAAGGUCAGCAAGGUGGUCAAGACGACGGUGGUGAGGGGCGAGAGGAUGGAGAAGCAGACGGGUGACCCCUCGCUGGCCGCAGACCUCCCCUCGGCCAAAGAGGACUUUGAGAAGGCAUUGAGUUAUGCUGGAGGCUUUGGGAAAAUUCAACUUCCCCAUUUAGUAGAGAAAGAGGUUGUGAAGGAGGACGGUUCUGUUGUSAAAAGAACCCAGAUGCGUAAGUCUCGUACCCAGAAGAGGACUGUGGCGAUGGAUGCCCAGGGUAAGCAUGUGCACCUGGAGCGGCUGGACGACACCCCAGAGACCCUGCAACCCGAUGCCCUUCAGCGACACCUGCACCUGCUGCUCCAACGCUAUUGCGCCAAGGAGGAGGAGGGAGGAGAGAAGGAGRAAGAGGAGGAGAGGAGAAAGAAGAAGUGAUGGGCUUUUUUGAUUUGCUGGCUGAGUUGUGUGUCUUCCCUUUUGGCCWUGCCCCCCAUGCUACAUAAGCCUCCUAUCCACAAAAAACCUWUGAAGUCUUGUAAGCUAAUCUCUACCACAACUCUGACCCCUCGAUGACCCCUAACGACCCUUAACCUUUACCGCACAGCCAGACUUCCCCUGCUAAAGACACUGGAUUGCGUUUUGGUUUCAAUUUUUGUUUUUCCSUUUUGUAGCAAAUAAUGAAACAAUUAUUAUUWAWUUUUUUUGCUUUUGACUUGUUUCCAUUAUUUUUUUUGCUCAUUUUGUGACCAAAGAUGGCACCCCCUUUCUCGUUGGGUGACUUAGAAUAUUUUUUUUGUCGUUAUCCUUUUGUUUGGUUCUUUUAGUUUUUGGCUGCUGUGGUACAAUAAAAAAACAACACAAAAAAAAUGCUACAAAUGAAAACAGCUACAGGAAACGUAUGAAGAGGGUGCACCUCGCACGUUUGCCUCAUGCAGAGGCCUCUUUCUGAAGGAACGAUUGUAAACAUUUGUAAAUAGAGAAGACUGGUAGAAAACAAAACAAACAGCAAUUCAAAAGCAUUUGUUAUAUUUGUCCCACGGUACCUGCUGUACACGUACGUGUACCAAUCUGUUCUGAGGUCAAGGGUGACGGGUCUUAACACAUUUGACCCUUUUCAUCCGACUAUCAAGAGAUUGUUACAUAGGAGUCAGUUGUCAUAAACAGUUUUAGAGAGAUACUGUUUUAAAGGAGUGAAUGCCAUAGUCUUUCAUCAAGGACUUUUGAAUCAGAUAAGCGCAAAUACGCUGUGAUCUGAACCCCCAUUUCACUGAAGCUAAUCAUCCCCAUAUAACCCUCCACUACUGUUCAGUUUACAAAGUUGGCUCAAGGUGGUUACGUGUGUAAUGAUGUGGUGUUGUUUUUUUUACGUGAGCUUUGUGAACACACGUUCAGCCCCAGCCCCAGGUACUGUCCCCAUCUCCCUGUUUUUCUCUGUCUGUUUCUGUAGUAUGGGUGUUGUGUAGUCAAACUUCCUUCUGAGCAGUACAUCAGACUGCUGCCACCUAUGUGUGUGCGUGUGCGUGCACGUAUGUAUGCGUGUUUGUGUGUUAGUUCAUAGUAUCCUCACCGACAUUGCGACCUGCCAUUUGCGAAAGAAAUGAUCCAGAAUGUUCUCUUUCCUUGUCCUUCAUGUACGCGCUUUUAUCUCCCAUUACUACACCUAUAGGUCAUAACACUAGGUACGUCGCCCCUCCUUCCCUCCCAAUACUACACCUAUAGGUCAUAACACUAGGUACGUCACCCCUCCUUCCCUCCCAUGAGUCACUUGUGCGUGCCAUCUCACCCCUGUUCAUUUCCCCCUAUAAAUAACUUUGAUUAAAGGUAUACUCAGCGAUAUGACGUAGAUGCAUAAAGUCAACAUAGUGGGUCAAUAUCCACAACAACUAAGAGCGUUGAAGCGUGAGGCUCAACUUCUCUGCUGUUUUGGUCCUGUGGCUACCACUCUGUGAACAGCGUGAAGCGAACCCGUGCCCAUGCGCAGAUACUGUGUGUGACUGUGUGAGAGCRAAGUCUUGCAUCUCGCUMAUCUCAAUAUCUGCGGUGCUGCUCGUGGCAACAUCAUUUCAUUGAGUUUAAGCCUGUUAAGAUCGUGCAAGUAUGGGACAGAGAGAGACCAGUGUUCUGUUUUAUUUGCUGUUGUUGAUUAGAUUUGUUUUCUGUUGUUGGUUUUAUGGUAUCCAAUAAAUGGUGAUAAGAUCAAAAGAUUGGCACAUCAUCUUGAGUUUCUGACAGAUUAUUUUUGGUCUGACCUGCUUCGUGUUUGCAGCGUGGAGAUAGAAGAUCCUUUAUCAUUGGCCCUUUUACAUGCAUUAUUUCUUGCUCAAUGGUAUGUUUCCACAAUCUUGUUCUGAGGGCAGAUUGGUUGGAUGGCCAAGGGACGGAGCUUGAGCUAUAUGAUUGGUUGGAUGGGGCCAGGGGGUGGAGCUUGUGACAGGUGAAAGUCAAAUGAGAAAAGCAACGUUAGUGGUAGGUUGGUGGAUGGAUGAACGAAUGGUGUUAAACGCGGUUUGCGACAUUAAGGUCCCUGGUUCAACUCCCCAUGCGUCGCUUCUUGUUUCCUAAACUAACUUCAUCUUAUUUUC